CAUUGUUGCGUGUCGGCUGCUUUUAUGGCCGUGCCUUGAACUUUUCGUAAAUAUUUCUCGUGUAUGGAACUUGCAUCUUGAAAUUUUAGAUUUUAAUGUGCUGGUGAUAUAUUGAGAAGCUUUAUACAAUUUUACCUUUAUUGGAUUGAAUCUCUAUUUUAAUGGAUAUCAGUUUGAAGAUAUGCAACCUGACUGACUUUUACUGUGAGCGUGUUGUUUAUUGAUGUAGAAGAGAACGAUAUCGCCAUAAUAAUGUCUGGUGGUCCCCCACAUCAUCCACAUAACCGGCAGGUACCAGCUGCUAACACUGCAUGGAAUCAUUUGCAGGUACCAAAUUAUUUUCCGAGGCAGCCACAAUUGGCUCAUAUGUCCAAUGAACAUUCCCUUCUCCACCAACCAACAUGGCACACCCCAACUACAACAGAGGCGAUGAAGAUACACCCUCACACUCAUAUGUUAAGCGAAAUGUUAAAAAAUGAUCCCCUUUUCCCCAGAGACUGCGUGGAUCUGAGUUUAACGAGAAACGGUAACCAAAACGGUGAACUACCUACGACACCGAUUAGUUUAAGUGUUAGAGACACUAAUAAAAUAAACAGUUUGCCCGCUAGUGUGUUAGACAUACAAGCUGUGGAACUUACGAAGUGUACCAGUCCCAACCCUAAGCCCUCAAGCCCCAUAUUGAAGUCCGUAAGUCCAGUAGUAAAAUCUGAUAGCCCCGGACUGAAAUCGGUGAUUGGCCCAGGUAUAAGCACCCAAGUGUUACCAUCAACCACUUCUAUCACACCCGUAGAAACGUCAAAAACUCAAAAGAGAUCUAAUAUAAGAGUAGAUUCCAUAUUGGAAAGGUUAAAUACUACACAGGAAAAGGCGGCCAGUAUCCAAGAGAAUAAAGUCGAGCAAAGCAUCGAUAAAUCAGUGAUCGAGAGACCUACAAACGUAGAAAAGGUGGAGAAACCUCCAACCGAAAAAUCUGUUAGUGUAAUUGUUCAACCCGCGAGCAGUUACGACGAAAACAGUAACUCAAGCAGUAUUGUCAAUGUUCCCACUUCAACAUGCAUAAGAGAGGAGGACGCCAUUUCGACCUACAGUAACGAAGAUAGCUUAGAUAGUAAUAAAUCGAGGAGAAAACGAAAGCCAAGCAAAACUAUUCGAGUUUCGAAGGACGACGAGAAACUAGAGAAAGUUACCAUUGAAAACUUUGAGCCCGUGCCAGAAGAAACCAAAACUGCACCGGAAACCGAAAAAGAACCGGAUCCGAUAAGUAUCGUCGGGAAAAUGUUGGAAGAAAACAAGAUUCCAGAGAGGCGAAGAUCGUCCGACGACUUGGAAGCUAUUCUUCCUGCAAAGACAAGAAGGAAGACUUCUUCGGAAUCUGAAACGAUAGACAACAUUGCGGCUAUGGUUCAGGAGGGUCUCAAAGCGAAACAACAAGUUAAUAGUUUAGAAAUACCUAGGGAAGAGGAAAAAACUGAACCAGUUACAAAACCCAUCUCCGUGAGCGUGAUAAAAACAAAAGAUAACCUAACGGAAGCUUUAUCUGACUCAUUGAGUAACAGUUCGACAACACUGGUCACGCCAGCUCAAAAAAAAGCCACAAACACACAUUUUGUGGAGGUGGAGAAUAAACUAGAGGAGAUGUUUGCCGGAAUAGAAGAUUCUAGCGAUCCUUUAAAGACGGACACACUCGACCUGGAUGACUCUAAAUUGGAGGAUCCUCUCUUAAAACUAGACGAUCCCUUACCGUCUACUAGCCAAGAGAACGUUACUGUGUCUUCGACAACAGAGGUUAAAAAGAAAUCUCCUUCUCCAAAGAAGAACAAACGCAAGCAGCCUUUGUCCAGAAGAAAUAGUGAGGCUAAUUCUCUUGAAACGACUCCGAAAAAGAAGAAAAUAAGCAAAAAGACUAAGGCGGCUGUUCUAAAAGCAAAAACGAAAACUAAGAAAGCAACCGGCCAGAAACAAAAUAAUAUCAGGACGGAACCUGUGAAAGACGUUUACGCGUAUGAUUCGGGAAGUAACGCAAGUUCUAGCAGAUCAAGGGGGCCAUUUAUACAGAUCAGAGGACCUCGCGACUCGCCUCUUUCAGUUAGUGUCGUAAACACGCCAAUAAACGAGGAAGACGGCGAUAGGAAGGUAAACAAAACAAAGAAAUUCCAUGACGACAGCGAGUACAGGCACAAGGUCCGUUCUAAGGGCCUCCACUGUAGCACUUUAAGUAACAAAUAUGAUGCUCAAACCAAAGAUACGACUUGGAUUUGCGCCUUCUGCAAACGUGGCCCCCACGCGAGCGAACUGUCUGGACCAAGUUCGAACGGUGACGUUAUCCCACCGGGUGACUUGUUCGGACCUUAUUUCAUCACAACCCAGUGUCCGGAGUUCGAAAGACGGCUAGACGAUCCUCACGAUAAACAUUUCAAGAGUAAAAAGAUCACCAGAGUCCUGGACGAGUGUAGUUUGAUGAAGAGCUCAGGGAAGAAAUCUAAAAGGAAAUACUUGGAAUCCGAUCCGUUAGAGUCGGAUCAAACAGAUAUAUAUCUCGGCGUGACGGCAACAGGAAAUGAAACUUUCGAGAUCUGGGCUCACGAGGAUUGCAUCGUCUGGUCCCCGGGCAUAUACCUCGUCGGGCCGAAAAUCGUGGGCCUCGAAGAGGCGGUUUGGACUUCGUGUAACGUGCCGUGUAAACUGUGUCAGUUAAAAGGGGCUAAUAUUUGUUGUGUGAAGCGGGGGUGCUUGAAUACGAUGCACUUAUGUUGCGCAAGGUCUAGCGAUUGGCAGUUUCUCGAGGUUGACUUUAAGGUGUACUGCCCACAACACAGGGUUCCGUGACAGAAAUUGAACUUUUUGUCUCAAAUUGAGAUAUGAGGUUUAUUGUGAUGAUUUUAAUUAUUAACUUGUAUAAAAUUACUUGCAUUUUUUUAUUAGCUGUGUUGUGUGAUUAAUUAUGUUUUGGCGGAACGAUUAUAUCGGGAUGAGAUUCGUUCGAUUGGUUUCCCGAAUAUAAUGAAGGAAAAUUAUUUUUUACCACUUUGCGGCUACGACUUCAACUAGCGUUUUUUAUUUUUUUUUUAUCGUUGAUUAUAUUUUCCUGUAAUUAUAACUGAUCUGAUUGAAAUAAAUUAACCUCAUUAAUUAAUAUAUUCUUAAUUUCAGUUGAAAUAUAUUUUUUUAAAGAGUGAAAAAAAAAAUUCUCCUUUAUAAUGCUAUUAAUUAUUAAUUUUUUUUAUUGAAGUUCAGAUGCACCGAAGAAUUGUUAAAGCAGUUUAUAUUUUAGAGAUUUCCUGGGUAUUUAAUUAUCAAACAUUGUUUCAAAUACAAAAAUGUUUAAUUUUUUUAUUCUCAUAGACGCGAUUUUAUUCUAGGCCGAACAAGCUUUUUUGACGAUAUGAAAUGUACUACUAUUAUAAUGGGAUGUCGAAAAAGUUCUCGCUGUUUUUUCGUGAAAAAUAAUGUCUUUUUUUGGGAAACGGAGCAGUCGGUUUUUAUUUGUAAUCAGUCUUAUACAGGGUGUUUCAGAAACACCUCACGUAAAUACACGGGGUGAUAGUACGACAAAAUAUAAGAAUUUUUUCUCUUAUGAACUAGAUAUAUGUCUAUCUUCUCUCGCUUUCGAGAUAUAGAGCGACAAAAUAAAAUGUUUUUAAUAGAAUUUUUAGGAAAAUUUCCAAACGGUGCGAAAUAUUUUUAUAUGAAAUUGGUCUAAUUAUUUUUUGGAUAUUUCAUAAAGGGCGCUCUUUAUGCUACGUUCCUAUUAAAUUUUAAGUUCCAAUUUUUUUAAGGUUAGGUUUUCUAUUAUUCCGGCUCCAAUUUAUAAUGUACAAUUUUAUUUUCUAAAAAUACAUAAUGUACUCUUGUUAGAACUUCCUAAU